AUGCCCGAGGCCCGGGCCCCGCAGCUCUCUGUCGGGGCUGCGUCCUGGAGCUUCCCUGCUCACUUUAUAAAAGGAAACCCAGAGAGUGCCUCUUUGGAGGCGACAUCCGUGCCAUCUAUGGGAAGCGAUUCCAUUUCCUUGUAUCCAACUGGAAUCUCCGCAGACAGCGGGGCGCCCGGAGCCGUGGCCUGUGGCGUCUCAUCCUCGGCUGGCCUGGGUCUACUGCCCUGCGUGGCUGGCGUCCCAGGAGGGGAGGAGGAGGACCGCAGCCUGCAGCUGAGAGCUCACAUCUGUGCACCAACCCAGCCUCACAAAUUGAUUUCCAAAAUGGAAUCUGAAAACAGAGAGCACAUGUGA